UGUCUGUUUAGUUUAAUAAUUACAGUGAGAAACACUCGACCAUUUGUUUCCUUGGUUAAUCAAACGUUUUAAGAUUAUGAUUUGUUUACAUUGAUACUAACAGUCUUUGAGUUAAAUUAAAUUGAAAUAAAGAAAACACACUUAAGGAUAUAAUAGUGUAAUUCGGAUAAUAUCUUCUUUAAAAUAACUACUGUAUAGAUAAUAUUUUAAAUUAAGAUAAAUUAAACCAUAUAGAAGAAUGUGUUUUAUCAGGUUGUUCUAAAAUGGCGAUAACAGUUUGCAUUCGGAAGUGCCUUCAAUAUUCCUUUAUAGUCGAUAUUGAUAAGUGAGCAAACAGGUUAUAGAAAAUGUCGGAACAAGACAUUAUCGAUGAAGAUGUCGAACAUUUUAUGAUGGUUAUCAGAGAUGCUACAGAGGCGUUUAGAUUUGAAAUUGAUAAACAUAGUGUCUUCAGAGAAAUGCAAAGUCUUGGUUACGACAUUCGAGAAGAUAUGAUAGAAAUACGAUUUGUAACAACACCAUAUGAAGAAACACAGAUAAUUUUAAUCGCAUUAUUCAGACUAUUUGGCUUAUCAAAUUUCUGGUUUAUAGCUAGACUUUCUUUGCCUCGAGAAAUUCUAACCUAUAUUCUUAUAAGAUGUGUUCACCCGCGUGUUCUUCAAAUUCCAUUAAGAAGGAUUCCUUCGUCUAGGUUGUUAGCAACACUAUAUUGCUCGCUUAAACAAAAACUAGAUAACAAUGCGUUAAGUACAAUUGAAAUGAGAAUUUUUGUUCUGAAUCGCCGCUUACGUUUAGAGACGAACAUUACGCAAUGGAAUGUUGAUAUUUACGUUGUUUCGGUCGCUUUAACAGUCCAACUGUUAAAUGAGUUCAGACAGAAAAAGUCAUAUUUAAGAACGAUGCAAAGACACAUUAACGGUUUGUCUGUUCGCGGGAUUGACAUAACAUUCGCAAAAGUCGUAUACAAUGGAUAUCGCGCAUAUUUUGCUUCAAAACAUCCAGAGAGAGCACAACUGGCAAGAAAUAUUCUCACGGAGAUUGCUGUGACGGUCCACAUGUAUGCCGGUCCAUUACUUAGAUUAGCAUAUUAUAUUUUUUACCAUUACUCUUAUCGGUGGCUUUGCUGUGGCAGAGCAAGGGCAGGCAACCAUUCGGACUAUGCAACCGACAGUGAAAUUGAAUCGUCGGUUCAAAUGUUCGAAAGAGCAGCUAUUGGUGUGAUGUCCGAGUUUGAAAAUAACAAUGCGGUGAAACAAUUCGUUCGCUGUUGGAGUUUCGUUAACACCGUCCAGUGUUACUUGAUGAUAACCGACCAUUUUGUGAUAAACACUGAUCACGAAAUAGGGAGAAAGUCAGUGGCAAUGGCUAAGAAAUACCUCAAUAUGCUCCAAACAAAUCUUGCAGGCCUUGUAAAGCGCCACAAAAUCAAGUACUACCUGUGCAAGGCACGCGUCUGUGAGUGCGAGGGUGAUUUGGAAUUAGCGUUGUUAUAUGUUAUAGAUGUCGUGCGGCUUGCACCAGCGGGUACCUUAUGCACCGACGAAAUAGACAACAUCGAUAAAUACCACACUUUUAUUUUACGCUGGUGUCUUCCGAUCCCUGACAUUAUCUAAAACGGAUCGUGAAUAAAAUGAAAAUACGAUUUCGUUCCGCAAAUAUUGUUCACACAAUAAUAACUACACUAUGAGUAAUAUGUGUGUUCGCCAUUUUAAUUGUUCAAAGAUCGGCCAAAUUAAAGUUAUACAAAACAAG